UGAAGACGAUCCUCAUCAUGUUGUUUGUAACGGUAUCUGCCAUUGUUUCUAAUAAGACAGUGAUCUUGUGUGUGGCUGUGAUGGUCUACCUGUGCGUUUGGGCUUUUGUGUGUGUGUGUGUGUGUGUGAGUAUGUGUGUGCGUGUGUAUUUGUUAAUUUUCUGCCACUGGUUUAAAUUGGUCCCCAUGCAGGCAAUUAUUUUACUGCACAGAGUCUAGCGCUCAUUAUUUGAUGGGGAGAGGUGAGGCUUAUUCACUUGGCUCUGCCUGUAACCAUACUAUCCAAUCAGUAAGUCUGUUUUCCUGAACUCUCUUUCCACCCACUAUAUGUCACAAGGUGAGAUGUAAACUGCAGUACAAUAAGGGACAAAGCCAAGGCUUAGAUUCUCAGACCAGAGAAGAUUCAGAAAGUAAAUCGGCUAAUAAAAGAAUGGCUGAAGGUGGGAGUUUCACUGCAAUGCUCCUUCAUGGUUUUGGAGAAGAGAGUGUACUAGAGUCUUUGGCUACAGAGAGCAGGGGAUCUUUCAACUCUACAGUCUCAACCUCUGACCUCAAUCGUCUACACAUGACUAGCAUCGAUAGGACUGUGGUCUGUGCUGGCUGUGGAGAGCGUGUCUAUGAUCGUUACUUCCUAUUGGCUUUGGACAAACAGUGGCAUUCAGGGUGUCUGCGCUGUAGCCUGUGCCAGUCCACCCUAGAUUCACAUCUUUCCUGUUUUUGUAAAGAUGGUACAAUUUACUGCAAGGAGGAUUAUUACAGGCAGUUUUGUGUGGAAAGAUGUGCGCACUGUGGACUGGGAAUCCCUUCUUCUGAGCUUGUGAUGCGUGUUAGAGACUAUGUUUUCCACUUGCGUUGUUUCAACUGCCAGUCCUGUGGAAGUGCUCUUCAGACCGGAGACCUUUUUACAAUGCAGGGUUGUAGUCUUUUGUGUCAGAGACACUGCAGCUCUGCUCUCAGCCCCACAGAACACCCUCCCAAACCCAGGCUACGGAAGCGCAAGACUGUUAAUUUGGACAAUGAGCAGAGGAGUCAAGUGGACCUGGUUCAGCAAGAGGAUUUUUUGGGUUGCAGAGAACCUCAUCUGACUAACCAUCAAGGCGAAGGACUAGGAACCAAGACCAAGAGAAUCAGGACAUGUUUCAAAAAUCACCAACUGCGCACUAUGGAGUCCUACUUUGCAGUGAAACACAACCCAGAUGGAAAGGACUGGGAACAACUGGCAAAGAAGACAGGUUUACCUAAAAGGGUUCUACAGGUUUGGUUUCAGAAUGCUCGGGCUAAACUGCGCAAGACGAUGUCCUCUGAAGACCCAUCAGAAGGUGAAGGUUCAGUAACGUCAACAACCAGCACGAUCGAUCCUUCUCAGAUCUCCUUCACUUCGACUUCUCCUCGGGAUACUUCUCCAGUCUUGGAAUCGAUGGGACAGCCUGUCAGAAUGUCCAGUCCUUUUCUUUCAUUUCCAGAAUUUGCCAGCACCUAUUUAACCCAGUCUACACCAAUCAUGACUCCAAUUUUUCUGAACUUUGACCUUGGAGAGUCAACUCCCAGUAAUAUAGAUGACUCUGGGCCUGCAAGUUUUUUCUAGGUGAAAAUUACUUUUUAAAAUUAAUAUUUUAAAAUUUGUUAAUAUAAAAUAUAUUUUGCACUAUUGAAUUAACUGUUAAGAUUAUAUAGAACUAUGCAACAUUGAGAAUUUUCUUUCAUCCUUUAAACUUCAAAAAUAUACAAAAGAAGAUGCCACACUCUUGAGUUAUUUGAUUAUAAAAGACAGUUAACCCAAAAUCCAGCUUCUGCAUACACUUGUUGGUUAAAAUUUUAAUGAUUCCAUUUGUUUAGUGCCAGAAGUAUGGGGUGAAAUAAAAACUGACCAGGUGCUGUUAUACCUGAGAUCUCUGAAGAUCACAACCAUGCCGUGCUUUUAUGUAAGCCUGUAUAUUACUGCCUUGAUUAAUUUAAAUAAAAUCCAAAUUGGUUAUCCAACAAACUGACCAUAACUCUAAAUGGGGUCAGUUGAUUAAAAAAUGGAUGGUCAUGAACAGUAGUCGAUAAAAAGCCAGCAUAUCUAGUGCAAUAUACUGUGUAGUGGAACUGAAAGCACGUCCCUGUAAAAUGUGAGUUGACAUAUGAACAGUUACAUUAAAAAGUUUAAUUUGAGGGUUUUGCCUCAAUUUGAUGAAUCAAGCAGUGCAAUACAUUUCU